AUGUUUGGAGAUGCAACUUCCAAGUCACCUCUUGGAUCUACCUCUGCUAUUGGGAACCCCAUUCCUAAGCACAGUUGGCGCUUCAAUAGACUUUCACAAGCAAGAAUUGAUUCUUCACAAGUGAAUAGUUUGGUGUCUUAUCGCUUGCAGCCUAGAGGAUCAGACUUUUGUGCCACAAUUGAAAGCAAUGCUCUCAGUUUCAAGCCUCCUGAAGUUACAAAGGUUGUGAAGGAAAGGGUUGACAAAGAGCCAAAAGUUGUGAGAGAUAAGGUUGAGAAUGAUCAAAGAGUUGAUAAGGGACCAAGGACUGAGAAACCACGCCUUGAGAAGCCAAGAGUUGAGAGACCACGAUCUGAUAGGCCACGAACUGAUAGGCUUGUUCAAGCACCAUGUGUCCUUGAUGAGGAAAGCUUCCAAGAUUUGUUUGAUGAGCCACUAGGAAGCGCUCAAAAAGAAGAGGAGGAUGCAGCUUCAAAGGCACUUGUGGGAGAAAAAAGAAAGGACCCACCAGCUUAG